AUGGGUCCCCCCGUGACGGAGGUGCGGCGGCACCUGUCGUGGGGCAUGUUUGCGGCAUACCUCAUGUUCGGCUCCGGCUUCCUGGUCUCCUGGAACGCCAUCUUCUCCAUCGCGAACUACUGGAUCACCCGAUACCCUAUGAGAUCACCCUUCUCUCCCCAAUCACAAGCACAGGGUAAGAACUCGAUCAACCUCUUCACCAUCGUGUACCUGCCGGUGAACCCGGUCACCAUCCUGAUCACCACCCGGUGGCACUCCUCCAUGCCCACCCACACCCGCAUCAUCGUCGGCUAUGGCGGCGCCACGCUCUGCCUGGCCACCAUCCUGCUGGUCACUCUGGCCCCUGGCAACGACGCGUCGCUGGCCGGCACCCUGGCAGCCACGGGGGUGUGCAGCAUCUUAGAUGCUGUGUCCCACCCCGCCAUGUAUGCCGAGGCGGCGCUGCGCCCGCCCCAGUACACGCGCGUCCUGGUCCUGGGCGCGUCCCUGGCGGGCGUGGUGAACAACAUCCUGCGCAUCAUCACCAUGGCCGCCUUCGACAGCGAGGCCGACGGCCUGGCCAACGGCGCCCGCAUCUUCCUGGCCCUGGCCGCGCUGUGCACGGGGGCCUGCACGGUGCUGUACCCGCUCCUGCGCCGCCGCGGGCUGCUGGUGGAGGCGGGCCCCGGUGCGCGCCUGGAGGCGGGGGAGGGCGAGCAGGACCCCGACGCCGAGCCCGUGGAGAAGGAGGGGCAGGAGGGGCCAAAGCCUGGGAAGGAGGACCACGCCGCCCUGGCCGUCGCGCCGGGGGAGGCGCUGCAGGGCCGGGCGGCCGUGCUGCAGGUCAUCUGCGACACCUGGCGCCUCUGCGUCGCGCUGAUCCUCAUUUACAUCGUCACACUCUCCAUCUUCCCUGGGGUGCUCGUGGAGGACGCCCACAGCUCACGCCUGGGGGGCUGGUACCCCAUCAUCCUCGUCACCAUCUACAAUGUGGGGGACAUGCUGGGCAGGAUCCUGCCUGCCACCUUUGCCGCCCUGGUCUGGACCGGCCAGAACAUCAUCCUCAUCAGCUCCAGCAUCCGGCUGCUCUUCCUUCCCGCCAUCAUCUUCUUCGGUGUACAAGUCGUACCCGUCAUGGCGGUCCUCACAUUCCUGCUGGGAUUCUCAAACGGCCUGUUCACCUCGCACGCAAUGGCGGCGGGGCCCUCCCACGUCCACCCCAUCCUUUCAGACAUGGCGGGGAGUGUCAUGGUGCUGGCCCUGAUCGUGGGGCUGAACAUUGGGGCGGGCCUCAGCUUCCUGUGGCUCCUGGAGUGA